CUCUGUUUCUCUCUCUUGCUCUGUGUUUCAAACAUGGUGAUGGGCUCAAACUAUGCAACUGUAGGACUCUCAUAUCUGUUAUUGUUGAUGAUGGCAAUUUGUGUUGAGUCAGACACGGCCAAAGACAGAGAAGAGUGUGCAAAUCAAUUGCUGGGUUUGGCUACUUGUCUACCUUAUGUGGGUGGAACAGCAAAGUCACCCACUCUAGACUGUUGCACUGGUCUGAAGCAAGUCCUAGAUAAGAGCAAGAAGUGUCUCUGUGUCCUUGUUAGAGACCGGAACGAUCCAUCACUUGGUGUCAAGAUCAAUGCCACCCUUGCUAUGAGCCUCCCUGAUACUUGCCAUGCCUCAGCUAAUGUUUCCAUGUGCCCUGAACUUCUGCAGUUGCCUCCAAACUCUCCAGAUGCUAAAGUUUUUGAUCAGUUUGCAAACAGAAAUAAAGGGAGUAGCACAGUUGCCAGUGGGAAUCCCAGCAGUUCCAACAGUGCCUCUGCACAAGAAAAGAGUGAUGGUGGGAGGGGAGAGAGGAGAAUGUUAGUGGAGAUGGUCAGUGGAGUUUGGUUGUGUUUGGGUUUGGCAUUGUUCUUUAUUAUUGAUGUUUGGAAAUAG